CGGCGCUCCGGGAGCCCAGCGGGCCGGGGGGCGGGGUCACCGGGCGACGCCCCGCGGGCCGCUGGGAGCGGGGACUUCCGUGCUCCCGGGCGAGCGGGCGGAGAGCCGAGGCCGGGCGGAGGAGUGCGGGCUGGGCCGCGGGUGAGCCCCAGGUCGGGAGCGCGUUCCCUUCCCGGCAGUGGCUGUCGGGCCGCGACUUCCGAGCGAGGCGAGGAGAGACCGGCAGUGCGCGCUCCGCCCCAGGCCGGGCCCGGCAGUGCCCUCGCUUCCCGGCGCCCCGUUGCCCAGCCGGUCUUCCGUGGCCAGCGCUUCUAGGCCUCGGGCACCUGAAUGUCAUGUGGCCUGUCCUUUGGACCAUGGUGCGUACCUAUGCCCCUUACGUCACAUUUCCUGUGGCCUUCGUGGUUGGGGCUGUGGGCUACCACCUGGAAUGGUUCAUCAGGGGAAAGGAUCCGCAGCCUGUGGAGGAAGAAAAGAGCAUCUCAGAGCGCCGGGAGGAUCGGAAGCUGAAUGAACUGCUCGGCAAGGACCAUACCCAGGUGGUGAGCCUUAAGGACAAGCUGGAAUUUGCCCCCAAAUCUGUCCUGAACAGAAACCGCCCCGAGAAGAAUUAAUGGAAGACUCAGGACCCUGUGGUGAACAGGGCUGUGACUGGGCCUGCCAUGAUGUCAUCCCAGCUCCAGAACGUACAUCUGAUUUGCUUUGCUGCUUAUUCUGGCCCCUUCUGCACCCCACAGCCUCACAUGUACUGGCUGCUCCUUUAUAGCCAGGGAGCCACAGGAGCAGCGGAGGGGCCAGCCAAGAGGAAGGCUGAAUCUGUAGACGGGGGUCCACACGGGCCCGCUGCCCAGAGGAGUGCUGUAAAUGAACACUGGCUCUCGGUCUCCUGGGGAGGUGGUCUGGCCUCAAGUGGGAAUGGCUGGGAUUGGGUGCGCCCUUUAGGAGGGAUACGCACAGGUCUAGUUGCAGCUGGCACUGGGAAGAAUUCAGAAAUCUACCUGGUUCCUUUGACUGGUUUGCUGAGUCCUUUGUGUUCAUUUUUUCUGAAAGCCUGUUGUCAGCUCAGGAAAGAGGUUCCCUGGGGAAGGAAAGCAUUUUUCUCUUGUCAGGUGCACAGGCUGUUCAUGGGGCAGGGAGAAACGUGCCUGGUGAAUUUGCCUGAAAAGAGUCACUGUCUUCCACCCCUCAUCACUGUGUAGUGAAAACCUUGAUUAAAGUGGCAUCUGAGAACCAU